CUCAUAACAAUAUUGUGUAAGAUCGUGAAAUUAGGUUGAUUUUUCCAAAAGAAGUGUUCUCGCAUUCAACAUAAAGAAAUGUCUCAAAUAUCCAUAAGUCUUCUUCACUGCAGGAGCAUUCUAUCCCGGCAUCAUACACGCAUUCGUUUCUUCAGUGCAGCAAAUAAAGCCUUCAAGAAAUCAGAAAUCACUACCGAAGGAGAACAGAUUAAAGAUGAACCGAUCAAGUAUUUCAGCAGUCCUGCGGCUCAAUGGAAGGCUGAGCAAACCAGAAGCGGCCAAAACAAACCGGACAUGCCCUGGUAUCAACCGUAUGUAGUUAACCUUAGCGUAGCAAUUUUCCUGCUGUAUUUUUGUGUGUUGCGUGAGGAAAACGAUAUUGAUCGAGGAUUGGAAAGUUCCUUGUAUGAUCAAAUUCCAGGGCUAGAGCAGAAACAAUUGAUGGUAAAUUACAACUACAACAUGGAAAAUGGACUGUCUACUGUCGAAAUUGAGCAAAGGAUGAAGGAACUAGGCAUGGAAUAUUAAAGCAGAACUGAUAAUAAAGUUCUUAGAUACUUA